AUGUCUCGCUUAGUGUUAAUUAUUUUAGUUAUAAGUGCUACUUAUACGAUCGGUGCUAAUACCAACGACAAAGAGAGCGCACGAGAAGAAAAACUUAGAAGUGCAUUGAUUGAUGCUUUUCAGAAUAUUAAGAAAGCUUCGUCGAAGGGUGGCGACGAUGAUUUGUCAUCGGAUCUGAUCGGGUCCAUGAUACCGCUGCCUAAUACUAGCAAGAAUGAGAAACCUACGAAUGAAGAUUCUUUUGACUUGUUCGCUGAUGAAGAUGGUCUGACAUUCGCCGAAGCUUUCGGCAAUGUGGAGACCGAGAGACAGUCACCUACAACGGAGAAGUCUCAUAACGUCCAGCACAUAAUAAAAACAAUGAAACAAAUUGAAAAAACAACGUCGACUCCCACGAAAAACGUAUUAGGCAAAUUGACCGAUUCCAUACGAAAUACGGUGAACGAGACGAGAAUACAGACGAGGUUGAUUUCUAACGAGACGCAUCUGAUGGGUCUGGAAAGUAUGCUGCGAGUGAUGGAUGCGCAGCUUCUGGUGGGACAAUGGGGGGAGCUCAGGAAGGUCGUCAGCGGAAAAUGUAGGGAGGAGCUCGAGGAGUACAUUGAGGCGUUGCAGGAUAAUACAAUCUGGGCGCUGAAAAUGGAAGACGCAAGCGGUCGCUACACCUCUAUGUUUUACUGGGGCAACAACUACUGGACCGGGUCUGCGGAGCUGUGCAGCAUCCUCAACGACCAGCACGCGCCUUCCAAACACAACAAUCGAAGCAGAGGCUCACAGAUCUUCAGCGAAUGGCGUCAAGAUGUAUCUGUCACUGGACUAGGCCCGCCCUUCGACACCGCCUUCUACAAUGUGCGCAUGUCCGUCUCGACGAACAUGUCCGAAAUUAUUAAAACUCGUCGUACUGUCCACCUUGGUCUCUGCCUCCCGCGGGCGUGUUCCCGCGAACAGGUAGCCGACCUGGUGAACGCAGUGCGCGCUCCGCUGCUGAAUCACAAGGUCGUCACAGUGCGCUCGCCCCAGCACGGCGGCUACUCCUACAUACAGGACCCCACCUUCCACAUACUCUUGGCAGUAUCAUGUAUAGUGAGUCUGCUCCUAAUCGCCGGGACCGCGUAUGACAUGAAGAUCGCCCGGGAGGUACGCGCGCGCAGGUGUCGCGUAGCCAACAUGGCGUCCGCUGAAAACGGCUCGCCUGAUUUGAGAAUGAACUUAAAUGGACUUGAUUCUAUCACUGUUUCGAAAGGCAAAUCAAUGUACAACGUGAACAAUAAUAUUGCUAUAAAUAGUAAUAAUUCUGAAGAACGAUUGACUGCUGAGACAUCAUCAACCACUGAAGAGGAACUUAAACUAAGUAUUUGGUCAGAGCUGCUACUGUCUUUCUCCAUGAAAGCGAAUAUCCUGCAAAUCUUCGACCAGUCUGUCGGAUCAGACACCGUACCGGAAGUUCAUGGCUUGCGUUCCUUGUCGAUGGUCUGGAUCAUCUUCGGGCAUACAUGUAUUGUAGUGUUUAAGUACGCCGACAAUACUGCCUUGAGGGCGAUUCUAGAAAAGAGCUUCUGGUUCCAACUUAUCAUCAGUGCCGUAUACAGCGUCGAUACUUUCUUCUGCCUUGGCGGUAUGCUGGUAUCUUUCUUGUACUUCCGCACCAACGCGAAGGGUAGUCUGGAUCGCCUAACGAAGGGUCGUCGCAAACUCACCGCCGGCGUAAUACAGUUCUUCGGUCUCAUCGGAUAUAGAUUCGCAAGACUUACGGCACCGUACCUGUUCAUGCUGGGCGUGGUGGAGGUGACGAUGAAGUGGUUCGCGCACAACGCGGUGUUCGAGCCUCCAGCGAACGACCACGAGACGUGUCCGCAGUUCUGGUGGAGGAACCUGCUCUACAUCAACACCCUCUUUCCCGUCGAACAAAUGUGCAUGCUGUGGAGUUGGUAUCUCUCUGACGAUACACAGUUCUAUGCUGUCAGCGCUAUACUCCUUAUCCUCGCUACAAGUCACUUCAAGCUAUCAGCAGUACUCACGGGGCUCUUCUUCCUGUCGUCCCUCAUCACAACGGGCUACGUGUCGUACAGCAGCGAACACAUCCCGAACAGUGAAGACCCGUUCACACAGUUCGACAAGAUCUACGACAAGCCUUGGACGAGACUCGGUCCAUACUUAGUUGGAAUGGCCACUGGUUGGAUAUUGUUUAAGACCAAUUUGAAGAUCAAAAUGGGCAAGGUGUGGGCGUGCGUGGGCUGGGCGGUUUGCGCGGCGACGCUGCUGUUCCUCAUCUUCGGGCUGUACCGCGCGGAGCUGGACGUGGCGUCCGCCGCCGCCUACAGCGCGCUCUCGCACUCGCUGUGGGCCGCCUGCGUGGGCUGGGUCAUCAUCGCCUGCUCUACGGGACACGGAGGCUGGGUGCGGCCGCUGCUGUCGGCCCCGGCGCUGUACCCGUUCUCGCGAGUGACGUACUGCGCGUACCUCGUGCACCCCGUCGUGCUGCGCUACGUCGCCAUGCACCUCACGCACCCCAUACACUUGGGAGAGCUACUCGUGUUCGUUCUUUUCCUGGGUCUAACCGUGAUAUCAUACUUCCUGGCGUUUGUCAUAUCUGUGGCGUUCGAGGCGCCCAUCGUCACCAUGCUCAAGAUACUGUCGCCGCAGAAGAAACCCCACCGAGUGUGA